GGCUCUCCACACCCCGGGACCUUGGGGCUCCCGUCCCGUCCAUGGGAAGAGCAUGCAUUGCGGGUUGCUGGAGGAACCCGAUAUGGACUCCACAGAGAGUUGGAUUGAACGAUGUCUCAAUGAAAGUGAAAACAAACGUUAUUCCAGUCACACCUCUCUGGGGAACGUUUCUAACGACGAAAAUGAGGAAAAAGAAAAUAAUAGAGCAUCAAAACCACACUCAACUCCAGCGACACUGCAAUGGCUGGAAGAGAACUAUGAGAUUGCGGAAGGUGUUUGCAUUCCUCGAAGUGCUCUCUACAUGCAUUACUUGGACUUCUGUGAGAAAAAUGACACGCAACCUGUUAAUGCCGCCAGCUUUGGGAAGAUAAUAAGGCAACAGUUUCCACAGCUAACAACAAGAAGACUUGGAACCAGAGGCCAAUCAAAGUACCACUAUUAUGGAAUUGCAGUGAAAGAAAACUCACAGUAUUAUGAUGUGAUGUAUUCUAAAAAAGGAGCAGCCUGGGUCAACGAAACAGGAAAAAAAGAAGUAACCAAACAGACAGUGGCGUAUUCACCACGAUCCAAACUGGGAACAUUACUGCCAGAGUUUCCAAAUGUCAAAGAUCUAAAUCUGCCAGCCAGUCUGCCAGAGGAGAAGGUUUCUACCUUUAUUAUGAUGUAUAGAACUCACUGUCAAAGAAUACUGGACACUGUAAUAAGAGCAAACUUUGAUGAGGUUCAAAGUUUUCUUCUGCACUUUUGGCAAGGGAUGCCUCCUCAUAUGCUGCCUGUAUUGGGUUCUUCAACUGUAGUGAAUAUAGUGGGAGUUUGUGAUUCAAUUCUGUACAAAGCAAUUUCUGGAGUUUUGAUGCCAACAGUACUACAAGCAUUACCUGACAGUUUGACACAGGUGAUCCGGAAGUUUGCAAAGCAACUGGAUGAGUGGCUGAAAGUAGCUCUCCACGAUUUACCAGAAAACCUACGAAAUAUCAAAUUCGAAUUGUCCAGAAGAUUCUCACAAAUACUCCGUCGUCAGACAUCUCUAAAUCACCUCUGCCAAGCAUCAAGAACAGUGAUCCACAGUGCAGACAUCACAUUUCAAAUGCUGGAGGACUGGAGGAAUGUGGAUCUGAAUAGCAUUACCAAACAAACCCUCUAUACUAUGGAGGACUCACGGGAGGAACACAGAAAACUUAUUGUGCAAUUGUAUCAGGAGUUUGAUCACCUUCUGGAAGAGCAGUCCCCCAUUGAGUCGUACAUCGAGUGGCUGGAUUCCAUGGUGGACAGAUGUGUUGUAAAGGUAGCUGCCAAAAGACAAGGCUCUUUGAAGAAAGUAGCUCAGCAGUUCCUCCUGAUGUGGUCCUGUUUUGGCACUCGCGUGAUUCGGGACAUGACUUUGCACAGUGCACCCAGCUUUGGGUCUUUUCACCUUAUUCACUUGAUGUUCGAUGACUACGUAUUGUACCUGCUAGAAUCACUACAUUGUCAGGAGAGAGCUAAUGAGCUAAUGAGGGCAAUGAAAGGAGAAGGAAGCACAGCAGAAAUACGAGAUGAAAUUAUUCUGAGUGAACCAGCUCCUCCAACUCCCUCCCCAGUGCCGUUCUCCCCAGCUAAAUCAGCCACCACAGUGGAAGUGCCCUCUACCCCCUCACUCGUCAGCAAUCAGUCCCCAGAGUACAAUGGCAUAGCAGCUACAACAGGGGCUAUGCAGUCCUACACGUGGUCACUCACCUACACUGUGACAACAGCUGCUGGGUCACCUGCUGAAAAUUCCCAACAGUUGCCCUGCAUGAGAAGUCCACACGUACCAUCAUCAUCUGUCACACACCGGAUACCUGUUUAUCCUCACAGAGAAGAACAUGGAUACACAGGAAGUUACAACUAUGGUAGCUAUAGCAACCAGCAUCCCCAUCCAAUGCAGAGUCAGUAUCCAUCCUUACCACAUGAUACUGCUAUUUCUGGACCACUUCACUACUCAGCUUACCACAGAAGCUCUUCACAGUACCCUUUCAAUAGCCCAACAUCAAGAAUGGAGCCCUGUCUGAUGAGCAGUACUCCAAGGCUACAUCCCACACCAGUGACUCCUCGUUGGCCGGAGGUGCCGGCCGCAAACUCCUGCUACACAAGCCCAUCCAUGCACUCCACAAGAUAUGGAAAUUCUAGUGACAUGUACACUCCCUUGACUACCCGCAGGAAUUCUGAAUAUGAGCACAUGCAACACUUUCCUGGCUUUGCCUACAUCAAUGGGGAAGCCACCACAGGUUGGGCUAAAUGA